AUGGGUGUAAAGCGGCCUCAAACGAAGGUCCACAUCAGUGACCAGCCGGUCACUCUCCAGAACUGGUACAAACACAUCAACUGGUUCUCGACCACUCUCGUCGUCCUCGUUCCAACUUAUGGACUAUACGCUUGCCGAUACGUUCCCUUAACGGCUGCUACUGCCAUCUGGGCUGUUAUAUACUACUUCUUCACCGGCUUUGGUAUUACUGGCGGUUAUCACAGGCUAUGGUCCCACCGCUGCUACAACGCACGCUUGCCUCUUCGUCUAUUUCUAGCCUUUGUAGGUGCUGGUGCGAUCCAAGGCUCGAUCAGGUUUUGGAGCAGCAAACAUAGAGCUCAUCAUCGAUGGACGGACACACAGAAGGACCCAUACUGCGCGCUCAAAGGCUUCUUCCACGCUCAUGUAGGCUGGAUGGUGUUGAAGCAGGAUCCCAAGAAGAUCGGCAGGACGGAUAUCUCGGACCUGGAUGCUGACCCUGUCGUGGUGUGGCAGCACAAGCACUAUGGAAAGAGUCUUCUAGUCGCAGCGUGGCUCUUCCCGAUGUGUGUCGCCGGUCUAGGCUGGGGCGACUGGUGGGGAGGACUCGUGUAUGCAGGCAUUAUGCGCGCGUGUUUUGUGCAGCAAGCCACGUUUUGUGUCAAUUCUCUUGCUCACUGGCUGGGUGAACAGCCAUUCGACGACCGAAGGACACCGCGAGACCAUUUCAUCACCGCUCUCGUUACGCUUGGCGAAGGGUACCACAACUUCCACCACGAGUUUCCCAGCGACUAUCGCAACGCCAUCGCAUGGUACCAAUACGACCCUACCAAAUGGCUCAUCUUCCUCCUCUCCAAAACGACCCUCGCAUACGACCUCAAGCGAUUUCGGCAUAACGAGAUCGAAAAGGGCCGUCUCCAACAGCAGCAGAAAGCCCUCGAUGCCCGCCGCUCCACCCUCGACUGGGGCCUGCCCCUCUCCCAACUUCCUGUCCUCUCAUGGGAAGAAUUCCAAGCCCGUUGUGCCUCCGGUGAAGCCGCACUUGUGGCCAUCGCAGGCAUUAUUCACGACGUGACGGAUUUCAUCGCUGAGCAUCCCGGCGGUAAGGCUUUGAUAAAGGGUUGGGUAGGCAAGGAUGCGACGGCAGUCUUUAACGGAGGCGUGUACAUGCACAGCAAUGCGGCGCAUAAUCUACUGAGCACGAUAAGAGUUGGGGUGUUAAGAGGUGGACAAGAAGUUGAGGUGUGGAAAGAGGAGAGAGAAACGUAUGUCAAGGAUAAGAUGGGCCAGAUUGUUGUGCGGGCGAAUAAUCACAUUACGAAUGUGAGACCGUUGGUGGCGACGGCGGAUGCAGCUUCGAUAACAUAG